AUGAUAGAAGGAGCUACAAAGAAGGCAGGAGGCAACACGCAGGAGACCUGGACCAGAAAUGCCAGAAUUUCCCAUCAAUCUCAAUCUACAGGGAUAAUGGCUGUGAGAAGGAUAAGUUACGAUAUUAUGACUUGCCACACCAAAACAGAUGAAAGGGCUAUCCACGAGCCAGAAAGGGGACAACUACGAAUGAAUCAAGCCGGGUUAAUUCUACGAAUUCAGGACCUGUAG